ACUGCCUGGUAUCUGCCUUAAGUCCAUUACUUAUGUCCAUGUCAUUCGUUGGAUUGUUUGAUGUUUGGAAGAUCUUUAACUACGGAGAUGAAAAACCCGGAUGGAGAAGAACAUUUUUCAAAUUAUACCAAAUAGGAGUAAUUUGUCUCCUCGGUUUAAACUUUUCCCGCUAUUUCCUGGCAUAUCAUUCUUUUGACUUUGGAUCGGAUCUGCUUACAACAAUUUAUGUACAUGCUUGGUUCUUUCUAUGUUUCGCCUAUUCUGUUACGAACUACAGAAUGGUGCAGUAUCCUACAAAUCUAAUUCGGUUUUUUACACAAUGGAAACAGUAUUGGAUGAUGGUAAAGAAUGGGCCGAAUACACCGGAUGACGGUCAAGAAUGUUCGUGGAGGCAAAUGCGAAAACACGCCACAAUUGCUACGUUUGUGACAUUGUGUCUUUUUAUUGCAAAUAUCAGUUUUAUUUGUUAUUUGAUAUUUCAUCCGGAUAGUGAACCAAACCUCCUUGAACCAAUUACAAACACGCACGAAUUAUUUCCCUUGAUUGCAGGUUUCGGCCUAAUUGCUUUAGCGUACGCUUCCUCCACUUGGAUGUUUAUCGCUACUUUUCUUAUAGUUUUAUCUCUGUCUGUAUAUCACGAAUUUAAAAAUCUCGUCCUAAGAAUUGAGAAAAUGACACAAAAUUUGUCUUCUUCACAAAUACGGGAAAACAUGGAAGCUAUCCGGAUGCAACACACAGCCCUCUGCGAUAUGUUAGACACUGGUGAUAUGGUACUAAAGAACCAUGUCGGGAUGUGUAUAUUUAUACAUAUCUUCAACACUCUUCUGUUACUUUACAACCUUUGCUGGCACGACGCAGUUCGGGGGGAUUUAGGACAACUCUUCGGUCAUGUGUUUUGGCUCUUAGGGGCGGUUUCUAUGGCAACCAUCGUCAUGGCUGUUUGUUCUCUCGUGAACAUCAGGGCCCACGAACCUGCAAAAUUCAUAUACAAUUUGUCAAUGAAAGACAUCACCGCUGAUUUCGCCUUACAAGUGAAUGUAUUCCUACACCGACUGAACGGGCCACCAAUCGGUCUAACGGCAUGGUCCCUGUUUGUGAUAGACAAUCAGGUCAUUGUCAGUGUUGCGGGAAUACUGGCCACCUACUUUGUUGUCUUGCUCCAGUUUCAGCAAUCAGCAGCUGGUACCGCUGCAACCAGUUUAAAUGAUACAGUAGCCUAAAAUGGCAUUUAAAUCCAAGAAGCUUGGAACUAGUAUGUGAUACAGCACAGGUGUGAGAAAGCGGAACAUGACAAACAUUUUCUUUGGAUCAGUUCAUGCAUUUUGUUUCUGCGGGGAAUGUUUUGAUUGCAUCGAGUUAUUGACCUAUGAAAUUUUCUUCAAUUAAGACUGAAGAACAUUGCUGAAACCUGGGCCGGGUCUUUUUUCUUACAACGUUAUCAAAGACCUCGAAUGACCUCAUGUCCUUGUCAUGUCUUAUCAUCGAGUUUGAAUUACGAUUUUGUCACUUUUUUAUAUCCAUACACCUGUGUAUAUAUAUUUUUUUCCGAGUUAUGUCACCUGACUGAAAUGAAUAUAUAUAACACGAUAAAUGGUUCCCUUUACAUUUUGGCUCGAUUGUAUGUAGGGCUAUGUCGUAAAUAGUUUCUGUUGUUUUAUACUUCUUUGUAGGCUUACAUAGGCUUACAUAUGAUAUUGAUGGCUAUAUUUGCAAUGUGAUUUUCUUUAAAAUCAUAAUUUCAUAUUCAGCAUCAGUGAUCGGACGUGAAAAAAGGAACGGGGGCUACCUGUCUAGCUACAUGGGUUCGCUCCGGGAAUUUCGGGUUCUUCCCACAGAAACAUACUUCACGCGCCUACAUCUGGGUCAACACGAGUGAUUAAUAUUAUUUGAUAUAAUUGUUUCAUAAUUGUUGCAAAAGAAAUCAUGUUUAUAUUUUUAAGAGCUGAGGGAAUAUGAACGUUUUAUGGUUGACAUUCUGGUCUAAGCAGACUUUAUUUUAUACUCUUCUAUGAAGAGAAAAGUAUCAAUGUUUUUUUGUUCCCAUGGCAACAUCAUUUUUCUCAUUUUGAGGACGUUGCAUUUCCCGGAAUAGGCCGAUGACGUAAAGGACACGUGUCUUCAAAGAACAUUAUUCCAUUUUACUUUUUCAAAUGUCUAAAAUAAUAUUUUGUUUGGCCUCAUGUAAUUGAUUUUAAAGGAGGGAUGUUUACGCUUCGGUGUUUUGUUAAUGUUAAUUUUGCAUUUUAUUUCUUCCUGUUAUAAAAAGAUAACCUCACAAUACAUAUAUGAGCGUCACGUGUCAAGUUAAAUGACAGGACCUUUCUUUAUAAUAUAUUUUAGUAAAUUACCUUUGGGAAGGUUUAAUGUCUAAUAUAUAAACAACUUCAUGAAGAAGUUAUAUAUAUCGCUGAAACGUUUGAGUUAUUUCAUAUUCAUCAAUAUGCAUUGAAGCAUUUCAAGCACAGUCUUACAAUCUGAAUUGUAUAGUGUUUGGAAAAAAGUUCAUUCAAUUAUUACAAAUGUCUCAUUAUUGAUCAGUGUAGUAUCUUUUAAUACCGUAGUAACUUGUGGUCGUUGUUUUCUUAAGCUGUCAUUUUGUAAUAAAUUUUGUAUAACCUUUUUGA